AUGGGGGAGCCCAGCAACGCCGGAGGGCAGCCGAUAGGGGUCCUGCUGAGCACCCCCGCCCCCGAGGUGCUGCAGGAGGUGCUGAGCCGACGCUUCGGCGCCCUGCCCCACACCGCUGCCAUCAGUCGCCUGCGGCGGCAGCCGGACGGGGGCUACCUGCUCGACAGGGACCCUGCCGAGAUUCUGGAGAGACGGCAAGAGGCCAACGCCAGGGAGAGGGAGAGGAUCAAGAACCUGAACUGCGGCUUUGCCAGGCUGCGGGCGCUGGUGCCGCUCAUCUCCCGCAGCCAGAAGCCCAGCAAGGUGGACACCCUGAGGGCCACCACGGAGUACAUCCGGCUGCUGCGCCUGGUCCUGGCCGACAGCCAGCCCCCCCAGGUGCGCUGGGCACCCCCCCGGGGCAGAGACACCCCCCCCCCCCCGGGGGCUUAG